GGUCAACCCAACCUUACCUCUCUCUCUCUCUCUCUCUCUCUCUCUCUCUCUCUCUCUCUCUCCUGAAAUUCAUCUUCAAGAAUUGGUUUCCUAUUCCUGAACAUGAACAUGGGAUUUAUCUUAAUCUCAAACUACGUCCUCUUCUUAAUUGUAGAUUCAAUUCAAGUCAGGUAGUAAUGAUUUAAGCUUUAAGCUGAGCUUUUCUCCCCCACUGAAUCACAAACUGAGUCACCAGAUCCCCAUUUUGAGAGAGUAGUAAGUACUAGUGAUGGUGGUGGAGGAGGAGAAUGAUAAGAUGAUGAUAAUGGAAGAGAAAAAUGAUGAUGAGAUGGAAAGAACAAGAAGAGGGUGUAGUAAUGGUGGGCCAGUGGUGCAUUGGUUGAAAAAGCUUGCCUCAGAAAUGCAUUGGAGUUUAGUAUUAGGGGUGAUUUUAAUCUAUGGAAUAAGCCAGGGAUUGAGUGGAGCACUUGGGCGUGUUGGAACUAAGUAUUAUAUGAAAGAUAUUCAGAAAGUUCAACCUUCUCAAGCUCAGAUUUAUGGUGGAAUCACUUCUAUUCCUUGGAUUGUUAAACCUCUUUGGGGUCUUCUUACUGAUGUUAUCCCAAUUUUUGGCUAUAGAAGAAGACCCUAUUUCAUCAUAGCUGGUUCAAUUGGUGUGAUCUCGUUGCUUGUCUUAUCAUUGCACGAAAAUCUGCAUCUGGUUUUAGCCAUUUUGCUUUUAACAUCAGGGAGUGCUGGUGUAGCAAUAUCAGAUGUGACAAUAGAUGCAUGUGUUGCACAGAGCAGCAUUAGUCAUCCUUUGCUUGCAGCCGAUAUGCAAAGCUUGUGCGCCCUGAGUUCGUCUAUUGGCGCGCUCGUUGGAUACUCUAUAAGUGGUUUUUUACUCCAUCUUAUAGGUCCCAAGGGUGUGUAUGGCUUGUUGACGAUUCCAUCUGCUCUUGUUAUUUUUGUUGGGAUUGUGCUUAAAGAGCCUCACAUGCCUAAUUUCCAAUACAGACAGGUAAAGCAGAAGUUUCUGAAUGCUGGCAUUGCUAUGUGGACAACACUGAAAUCUCCAAGUGUUUGGAGACCAUGUUUAUACAUGUACUCGUCAUUCGCAUUAAGUUUGAAUAUCCUUGAUGGAAUGUUCUAUUGGUACACAGACGCCAAAGAUGGUCCAAGAUUCUCUCAGGAGAAUGUUGGUUUCAUAUUCUCAAUCGGUUCAAUCGGGUCAUUAGUGGGAGCUGUACUCUACCAAAAUGUUCUCAAGGAUUAUCCAUUUAGAGACUUACUUUUCUGGACACAGUUACUAUAUGGCUUUUCAGGAAUGCUAGACUUAGUGCUGGUUUCGCGAUUGAAUCUGAAAUUCGGCAUACCUGAUUACUUCUUUGUGGUGAUUGAUGAAAGUUUAUCUCAAAUGAUUGGAAGGCUUAAAUGGAUGCCUCUUCUUGUGCUCAGCACAAAGCUUUGUCCUUCGGGUAUUGAAGGCACCUUCUUUGCUCUGCUGAUGUCUAUCGAUAACAUUGGAGUUCUCUCAUCUUCCUGGGGUGGAGGUGUUCUGCUUCAUGUGUUGAAGAUUACUCGAACACAGUUCGAUAAACUAUGGCUUGCAAUUUUGAUUAGGAACAUAUUGAGAGUUACACCUUUGUUUCUGCUGUUUUUGGUACCGAGAACUGAUCCUAAAUCUUCCAUUCUUUCCACGGAAAGUUUUGAUGUAGAAGAAGAGACCGAAAUAGAAGAGCCAAAGAAUGUUGAAUUGGUUUCCCUUGUAAACAAUUUCGAUAAUGGUAGAUAGCCAAAACAGAACAAUUUCACCCCAAUACCAACUUGAAAUUUCACUCAACAAACUUUUGCUCACUCUCAUUCUCCCACAGAAAGAAGAAAGAAAGAGAAAUGGUUCAUCUAACUUGAUCUCUUCAUUUAUAUAGAUAUCAAGUAUAUUUUGUUUUGAUUAAUUAUUAUUACCAUUGUU